UCAAUCGAUGACAGCGACGGUUUUGUGCAGUUCGUGGGAGUGACGACAUUUUGUCAAUAAAUUGUAAUUUUUUCCUAAUUCGUGUUUAAAUUGGUAAAGUGUUUAGUUAAAUAAGCCAUAAAGAUGGCAGACAAUGAACAAAAGGCUAUGCAACUAAUUGCGGAAGCGGAGAAAAAAUUAAGUUCUUCAAAAUCUUUCCUCGGGUCUCUUUUUGGAGGAUCAUCAAAAGUGGAAGAGGCUGUUGAUUGCUAUCUUCGAGCAGCCAACCUAUUCAAGAUGGCCAAGAAGUGGUCCCAGGCCGGACAGGCCUUCUGCAAUGCGGCACAGCUGCAUCUCAAAGCGGGUGUGCGUCAUGAUGCGGCUACAAACUUUGUUGAUGCCUCCAACUGCUAUAAGAAGUGUGAUCCAAAUGAGGCAGUGUCCUGUUUGUUGAAGGCGAUUGAGAUUUACACCGACAUGGGACGGUUCACUGUCGCGGCUAAACAACAUCAGAACAUUGCGGAGUUGUACGAGACGGAGUGCGUGGAUGUGUCUCGCGCGAUGCAGCACUACGAGCAGGCGGCGGACUACUUCCGCGGCGAGGAGUCCACCUCCUCCGCCAACAAGUGCAUGCUCAAGCUCGCGCAGUACGCCGCACAGCUCGAGCACUACGAUAAGGCUAUACAGAUAUAUGAACAGAUAGCGAAGUCAUCGUUGGAUAACAGCCUGUUGAAGUACAGCGCCAAGGAGUACAUGUUCCGCGCGGCGCUGUGCCAUCUCUGCGUGGACCUGCUGAACGCGCAGCACGCGCUCGACAAGUACUGCGCGCUAUAUCCAGCAUUCGCUGACACGCGCGAGUGCAAGCUCGUCAAGGAACUUAUCGAGCACUUGGAGGAUCAGAACGUGGACGCGUUCACGGAGGCUGUGAAGACGUACGACAGCAUAUCUCGUCUUGACCAGUGGUACACCAGCAUGCUGGUGCGCAUCAAGAAGCAGAUCAACGACAACCCCGACCUACGCUGAGCUAACUACACUCACAGCAUCGCUACGCAUGUGUAUACGCGCACCUACUGACAUGUAUACACGCUUCUAGUGACAAGUAUACAGGUUCCUAGUGACAUGUAUACCUGUUCCUAGUGACGUGUAUACGUGUUCCUAGUGACUUGUAUACAUGUUCCUAGUGACGUGUAUACCUGUUCCUAGUGACGUAUGUACAUGUUCCUAGUGACGUGUAUACAUGUUCCUAGUGACGUUUAUACCUGUUCCUAGUGACGUGUAUACAUGUUCCUAGUGACGUGUAUACAUGUUCCUAGUGACGUGUAUAUCUGUUCCUAGUGACGUGUAUACAUGUUCCUAGUGACGUGUAUACAUGUUCCUAGUGACGUGUAUAUCUGUUCCUAGUGACGUGUAUACAUGUUCCUAGUGACGUGUAUACAUGUUCCUAGUGACGUGUAUAUCUGUUCCUAGUGACGUGUAUACAUGUUCCUAGUGACGUGUAUAUCUGUUCCUAGUGACGUGUAUACAUGUUCCUAGUGACGUGUAUACAUGUUCCUAGUGACGUGUAUAUCUGUUCCUAGUGACGUGUAUACAUGUUCCUAGUGACGUGUAUACAUGUUCCUAGUGACGUGUAUACAUGUUCCUAGUGACGUGUAUACAUGUUCCUAGUGACGUG